GCUUCCUCUCUCUCCUCUCUCUCUCUCUCUCUCUCUCCAAACGAUACAGAGAGGAUGCUGGUAGCAUGUUUGUUGCUGAUAACAGAAUGUAGAGAGAGAGAGAGAGAGAGAGAGAGGAAAUCUGAUUUCAGUUUGUUUGUUGAAAUAUUUUAGCUGGGCUUUUUUCUCUUUCUUCAAUGGGAGCAGAUCGACGCCACCAUUCAAAUCCCAACUCUAACCUCCUCCCUUCUCUCUCGCUCAAAUAUCUCCCCUUAUCUCCAGAGAAUAUCCAAGAUCCAAAUCAAAGGGAAAAAAAAAAAAUCCCAGCUCACCAUCAAAGGAGCAAUCUUUCUCCUCGGUCUCCCUUUAAAUGGGAGUCCAACAAACCUCACCCUGAUACGGCGGCGGCGGCGGCGGACGCACAGGCCCUCCGCGCCCGACAAGUUCCCCGCCGGCCUCCAUGUCCUCGGUCGUCGACGUCGACCGGACGUGCGUCCACAUCAUCAGGGCCAUGCUCCAGAGAUGCCGCUAUCAGGUUACUACCUGCUCUCGGGCCAUGGAUGCAUUGGACAUUCUUCGUGCCAACAAAGGGAAAUUUGACCUUGUUCUGAGUGAUGUUCAUAUGCCCGACAUGAAUGGGUUCAGGCUUCUGGAGCACAUUGGGUUGGAGAUGGAUCUUCCCGUUAUUAUGAUGUCCUCGGAGGAUGAAUAUGAUUUGGUACUGAUGGGGGUCAAACAUGGCGCGUGUGAUUACCUUAUAAAACCAGUGCGUAUAGAUGCAUUGAAGAACAUAUGGCAACAUGUGGUUAGAAAGCAGAGGAAUGAGUCGAAAUUGAAAGAGGUUGAGUACUCUGGGGGUUCAGAGGAUAACGAUCAUCAUAAUAAGUCAUUUGAUGAAAAUACUUCUACGGCGAUCAAGAGGAAAAGGGAAGAGGAAGAAGAAGAAAAGACUGAGGAACGCGAGCAUAUGUCUACUACCAAGAAACAGAGAGUCGUUUGGACGUGUGAACUCCAUCAGCAGUUUGUUGCAGCUGUUGAGCAAUUGGGAGUUGAAAAGGCCGUGCCUAAGAAAAUUCUUGAGUUGAUGAACAACCCAACACUCACUAGAGAGAAUGUCGCUAGUCACUUGCAGAAAUACCGUCUAUAUUUGAAGAGGUUAAAAGCAACACAGCAGCAAGAGAGCGGGGAGGCAUUUUUUUCAAAUGUUCCAAAUUCACCACUAAAUCAACUUCCACCUCAAGCUCUUAUGAAUCUAGGACAGCGAAGACCUAUCAACAUUUGCUUCGACCAAAGGGGUUUCUUCAGCCCCAACCCUUCAUUUGCAAGUUCUUCGAAUCUAAGUCCGAUGAUGAUGCAACAAGUGAACAAUAACCAAAUUUUGCAAACAUAUGGAAAUUUGGGCUUCCAAGCGACUCAAGGUUUCGCGAGCCUGCCAACAAAUUCCUUUGUUAAACAUAGCAGGCAAUUUUCUCAUGAUUCUAUGAUUUCUAACGGGAUUUCGGACCAUGUUUUAUUAAGAACAGGGCCUACAAUGAAUAGAGGCCAAUCAUUUCAUGGAAACUAUAUGAACAUGCAGCAAUAUGCUGCAGUUCCUCAAGCACUGUAUAAUGUUCAAGGUAGCAUUGCACCUCACGCUUCGACAGGGAUGAUACAAGAAAGCAUGACAGAAGCACAAGGAGAUUUCGAGGUGGCGACAGAUAUUGUGAAUCAAGAUAUGAUCAGUGGUAACGUGGGGUACGGUUCGAUCGUAAGUCAAGAUUUCAAUGCUAAUUUGAAGGAAGGGGCAGCUAGAAGUAUGCGCACAUUUACGAAGGAGAUCCAUAUAAGGGCAGCAUACGAGGAAGAUGGGCUAUUAUUCGAUGAUGAUGGUUUACCGGACCUUAUAAGUUUAUGGGAAAACAAGCCAGGAACAGAUGUACUUGAACCUGAAGUUACCUAUUAGAGGUAUUUUUCGAUGGAUGAGUGAUGCAUAUGCCUCUUCAAGAGAUUUGCAUCACUCGCUUUUAUUUCAAUUUCUGAAGGGAAAAAAAAAAUCAUCUAACAAGGUUAUGAACUUCUUUUUAGCUCUUGUUAGCAGAUUUUCUAUUUAGAGUGUGAUUUUUUCUCAGACGUCGUUUGUUCCAAUAAAAUUUGUUUGUAGUUUCUGGAACCAUAGAUUUCUAUUUAUUUUUUUCCAAUAAAAUUAUAUCCAUGCUCUCCGUUUGAUGUUAUUUAUUUA